AUGAGUAAAGAAUCUCCAUUAGACUUUGAUAUAGAUAUUAUUCCUCUGACGCCUCCACCAGAGUAUGGAAUAUUUAACUGUGGAGAUAGCUUUGAUUUAAAAGUUAAAAUUACGUCAAAAAACGGAUCUUUUUCCCAUAAAGGAAUAUUUUUCGAAUUUUCAACAGAUUUUAUAGGUGAAAACGGAAAACCUGUUCACCUUGAACAACCUGUUAGUACGCAACUUGUUCCUUCCGGAUCUUUUACAGGAUCAAUGGAAUGUCAGUUACCACAGAUUACAAUUCCAAAUAAAAUUCAGACAUAUCAUGGAAAGUUAUUCGCUAUUAAGCACAUCCUCAAAUUUGUUGCAAAGAAGUCAUUUAGUUCGAUUGAAUAUCAAGAAGAAAUUAAAGCCUAUAACUACACGCCAUGCGUUACAAAAUUACAACCCCUUUGCGUUAGAGUUGCUGUUACAGAAAAUCUUAGAAUCGAUUUGAUCAUUAAUCGUCGAAAAUUCGAAUUACGCGAUGUAAUCUUCGGAGCAGCCCAUUUUCUUUUGGUUGCACUCAAGAUUACUAAGUUUGAAAUACAAUUAAUCGCUCAAGAAAUAUCAGAACGAGAUGGAAAACCACAAAAAUGCAAAAAUGUUGUUCAUUCAUGGCAAGUAACGGAUGGAGCUCCUGUUAAAGGUGAAAUGAUCCCAUUUAGACUUUUCUUGUCUCCGUUAAACUUAAGCCCAAGCUGUGUAGACCAAGUAAAUGGUUUUUCAGUUUCCCACUUCUUACAUUUUAUCAUUUAUACGACUGGAAGACAGAAAUACUUCAAAUCACUACAGAUUAAGCUCGGAAAGUGGAAUUCUAUGCCAUUCCAAUUUUCUGAAUAA